GCACAGGAGAACUGCGCUGGCGGCAGAACUCUCCGCGAUGAAUCCAGAAGAACAAAUUGUAACGUGGCUUAUUUCAUUAGGAGUUUUAAAUUCCCCUAAGAAAAUAGUAGAUGAUCCGGAGGAGUUCCUGAAAACUUCUCUGAAAGAUGGAACUGUGCUUUGUAAACUCAUUAAUCGGCUUCUUCCGGGAUCUGCAGAAAAGUAUUGCCUGGAGCCUAAAAAUGAAGUUGAUUGCCUCAGUAAUAUUCAAGAGUUCUUGAAAGGCUGUGCACUCCUUAAAGUGGAGGUGUUUGAUCCACAUGAUUUGUACACGGGAGAACAGUUCUCCAAGGUCCUGAGUACAUUAACAGCUGUAAAUAAAGCUACCGAAGAUCAGCCGUCAAAAGGGCCAUGUUCGCAUCUAUCGUCUCUUAGCUCUGCGGCUGGAGGUCCCCACACUGACUCCAACGGCACAGCUUCACAGUCAGCGAGGGUGUUAAGGAGGCAGUCCAAGCCUGUGGAGAUGACCGAGAAUGGCAGUCAUCAGCUGGUGGUAAAGGCCAGGUUCAAUUUUAAGCAGACCAAUGAGGAUGAACUCUCCGUUAACAAAGGAGACAUUAUUUAUGUCACCCGGGUUGAAGAAGGGGGCUGGUGGGAAGGGACCUUGAAUGGAAAAACAGGCUGGUUCCCAAGCAACUACGUCAGAGAAAUCAAAUCCACCGAUAAACCACUCUCUCCCAAAGCAUUAAAAGGACUUGAAAGCACUCAGCUGACAAAGAAUUAUUACCCUGUGGUGUUGCAAAAUAUUCUGGAAACAGAACGAGAUUAUGCGAAGGAACUACAGUCACUUCUGGGAACUUACUUAAGACCCCUCCAGUCUUAUGAUAAGCUCAGCGCCGUGGACAUCGCGUCAUUACUGGGAAAUGUGGAAGAAAUCUCUGCAUUUCAGCAAACACUGAACCAAGCCUUGGAAGAAGUUGCAAAGCUCCCUGAGAACCAGCAGCGUGUGGGAGGCUGUUUCAUGAACCUGAUGCCCCAGUUCAGGUCCCUGUACCUGACAUACUGUGCUAACCACCCGUCUGCAGUCAACGUCCUCACGCAACACAGUGAUGAGCUGGAGAAGUUCAUGGAGAGCCAGGGUGCGGCCAACCCAGGCAUUCUCAUCUUAACCACGAGCCUCAGCAAACCCUUCCUGAGGCUGGAUAAAUAUGUGACACUGCUGCAGGAGCUGGAGCGGCACAUGGAGGAGGCGCAUGCAGAUCACGAAGAGGUUUUGAAAGCCGUCACAUCCUUCAAGUCCCUUGUGUCGCAAUGCCAAGAGCUGAGGAAGAGGAAACAACUCGAACUGCAGAUCCUUUCUGAAUCCAUCCAGCGCUGGGAAGGAGAGGACAUAAAAACGAUGGGAAACAUCGUCUACAUGUCCCAGGUUAUGGUGCAGUGUGGGGGAAGUGAGGAGAAAGAAGAGCGAUAUUUAUUGUUGUUUUCAAACGUUUUGCUGAUGCUGUCUGCAAGCCCACGGAUGAGUGGGUUCAUCUAUCAGGGAAAGCUGCCUUUGACGGGAAUGACGCUGACAAAGCUGGAAGAUGCUGAAGGGAACGAGCACAUGUUUGAAAUCGCAGGGAACAUGACAGAGCGGAUCACCGUGUCCUGCAGCACCAGCCAGGAAUUGCACGAAUGGCUUGACCACUUGCAAAGGCUGACCAAAGGGACGUGCAACACCGUAUCCAAAACGCAGUCCUGGAGCGCUCAUUCGACAUUUAGUUCAGCUGGACAGAUCCGCGGGCCUCUGGAACCCCCCAAAAUCCUCAAGCCCUGGAGCUUGAGCUGCCUCCGUCCUGCUCCUCCACUCAGGCCAUCAGCAGCGCUGAGUUACAAAGAGAGGAUGUCUUAUAUCUUAAAGGAUUCCAGCAAAAGUCCCAAAACAAUGAAGAAGUUUCUUCCAAAAAGGAAAACUGAGAGAAAACCAUCUGAUGAAGAGUUUGUUAUUCGGAAAAGUACGGCUGCACUGGAAGAAGAUGCUCAGAUCCUGAAGGUGAUUGAGGCAUACUGUACGGGGGCAGGCUUCCAGCAAGCUCUCAGCUCAGGCUCCCGUAAAGACUCCAUCCCCCAAGUCCUUCUUCCUGAGGAAGAGAAAAUCAUCAUAGAGGAAACACGAAGCAACGGCCAGACCGUCACAGAGGAAAAGAGCCUUGUUGACACGGUUUAUGCACUGAAAGAUGAAGUCAAAGAACUGAAGCAGGAGAACAAAAGGAUGAAACAGUGUUUGGAGGAAGAGCUUAAAUCCAGGAAGGACUUGGAGAAGCUGGUUAGAAGGCUGCUGAAGCAGACAGACGAGUGUGGCAGGGAGGACACGGGGCGCAAGUCGUCCCUGAUCGCCUGAAUUCGGGGAGAAGCUGCUGGCAGUGAUGUGUGACCUCAGGUGUUUUUUGGGAAGCGGAACUGGAUCCUUUGCCUCUUCUUGCUCCUUAUUUUGUUGGUUUGGGGAAUUUUGUUACCAAAAAAAAAAGUCAUAGAGAAAAAAAUAGUUUUUCUUCCAUCCAGUAAGGAAAUAAACCAGAAACAAUCAAUCACAACUAAACCAGUAAGCAAGCGGUCCAUGAUUCACAAUUCAUCUGCAGCAACUAAUACCUCAUCGUACCUGCUACUGGGAGCAAAUACAAACUCUGCUAAUGAUUGCUGCUCACAAAGGGUUUGGCAGCAGUUUCCUAGAGGAAGCUUAAGCACUUUUUAAUGCUUUCAUUCUUUUCAAAAGCACCGGUACCUAUUUAUUGAAUGAAAACAUUAUUGAGGUGGCAUUGAGCAAAAA